UCAAGUGACAUUUCAUAACAAUUUUGAAUGUCAUCUAAUAGAAGCCUGUAAAAAGGUUUACAAACAUUAUAUUAAAUAUCAGAAAUAAUUUAAAACAGCUGAAUAAUCGUAACCCUCAUCAUUUUGUCUUAAUAAAUGGUCGAUCUUGUAUCGCACGUACGAAACGUUAUGACAAAGUCACAAACAUGUUUGCAUCCUAAUGCAACAUGGUGUUAGUAAAAAUACGGCGUGUAUAUAAUUGAUCUUAUGCCGAUUAAAGAAAAGUAAAAAUACAGAAACGUGCGUCUCGAUUGAAAAGUGCAUUAAUUGUCUUGUAACGUAAACCGCAAAUUAACCAGAAAUCGUAACGAUUUCGAUCACUGUCAAACAUGUCUUUUUUAAUAUGAAAAUAACACUACGAACGAGGAAAAUCGUUCUUUAUAUCAGAGAAAACAACCUUAAAAUCUUUGACACAUUAUGGAAAAUACGAAUGACUGUAUUACUUGUGGAGAUUUUGCAUUUUAUAACAACUUUGAUUCUGCCAAUUUAGCAAAAGUCGAAAUAGUGAAAUUACCAGAAAUAUCUGAGAAAGAUGGAUAUGAAGCUGAGAAUAAAUCAUGCAAAAGUUCAAACUCUGAAGAUGCAAUAGAUUAUGAGUUCAAUUUGUGGACAAAACACGAUUGCCAUGGAACACAAUUCCAGAAUAACAAUAGAACAUGGUUUUAUUUUGGCGUUAAAGCUAAUGCACCGAGAGUUUGUGUUAAAUUUAAUAUAGUCAACUUAAAUAAACAUGUCAAAAUGUUUAGUCAAGGAAUGUGUCCGGUUUUUAAAAUCGUACCUGGUCACUUACAUUGGGAACGGAUUCGUGAAAAACCUACUUACACUUUGGAUCAAACAGGAAAUGAUUUUACAUUAUCAUUUGUUUAUAAUGCCCCUGAAAAUCCUAAAGCUAUUACGUAUUUCGCGUUUACUUAUCCUUUUUCUUACACCGAUUUACAAAAUUAUUUAAGAAGAAUAGAAGCAAAAUUAGCAAAGAGAGACAUAACUUGUGUAGACGAUGUUUAUUAUCAUAGGGAAUGUGCAAUAAAAUCAUUAGAGGGACGAAGAAUGGAUUUAAUAACGGUAAGCUCAUUUCAUAACAUAUCAACGGAGAGAGAAGAUAGACUGAGCAAUAUGUUUCCUGAAAAAACUGAGGAAAGACCUUUCAAAUUUUGGGAUAAAAAGGUAAUUUUUGUCAGUGCAAGGGUCCAUCCAGGUGAAACACCAUCUAGUUUUGUUUUUAAUGGUUUCCUCAACUUUAUUAUAACCCGUGAUGACCAAAUUGCAAUUAAUCUUCGCCGCCUAUAUGUGUUCAAAUUGAUACCAAUGCUCAAUCCUGAUGGCGUAGCUAGAGGUCAUUAUCGGAUGGAUACUAGAGGAAUCAAUCUCAAUAGGGUAUAUUUAAAUCCUUCUUUGAAAGAUCACCCAACAAUAUAUGCUGCAAGAAAUUUAAUAAGAUAUUAUCAUAACACAUACAAACUGCCAAAAGAGGACGAACUUUCGAGUGUAUAUUUAGGAAAUGGUGAAAAUAAUUUAACUAUUAUCGAUUCCACUCGUACAAUUACAAGUAUAGUACGUGAUACAACAGCAAGAUUACUUCAACAGGUAACACUUAUGACAUUAGAUGAUAAGAGUAAAGAUCAACCGGAAAUUUUUCAGGAAUCUAUGUUACCUAAAACAAAUUCGGAUGACAUGCCUCAGGGUGAUGGAGAAGAGCUGUGUAAUAGAGCAAAGGAAAACGAUAACUCUGUAGAACUUAACUCUGAUAAAAAGACUUACACAGCUGUUGGCAUUGGACAGCUACCUAAAGAGGAUUCUAGUUUAUAUCUAUACAUCGAUUUGCAUGGCCAUGCUUCGAAGAAAGGUGUUUUUAUGUAUGGAAACUACUUUGAUAAUGUAGAAGAUACGAUCACGUGUAUGCUUCUACCAAAAUUGAUGUCUAUUAACAAUCCAAAUUUUCAUUUUACUUCGUGCAAUUUUACAGAAAAGAAUAUGUACAUUAUUGACAAAAGAGAUGGUAUGUCAAGAGAAGGAUCGGGCCGUGUAGCUGUAUAUAAAUUAACUGGUCUUAUACGUAGUUACACGCUUGAAUGUAAUUAUAAUUCUGGGCGUUUAGUAAAUACUAUACCACCAAGGAUUCGUGAUGGCGUUAAUAAAACCAUGGCGACCAUGUUUGUUCCACCAAAAUAUACUCCAGCAGUUUUCGAAGCGGUUGGAGCAGCGUUAGGUCCUUCAAUUUUAGAUCUUACAAGUAAUAAUCCUAACAGUCGACUGCCAAACAGUCAAUAUCGUUGUUUAAGAGGUGUAAAAUCUUUCUUAAAAUUAUCGUAUGUGAACAAUCUUUCUGCGCCGUUAGGCAAGUCACUGAAUAAGGAUGAUAGUGAUAUCGUAGCUCAAGAUCCUUCUAAUUUAAAAGGAAACGAAUCUCAAAUAAGUGAUUCGUCAGUUGGUUCAAAAAGUUCUGUGAAAAGUGAUACAAAUCUUGUCAAAAAAUCGUGCAUCAUUCGUCGUACCUCAUCCCUUUACACUGCAGUGAAAAGAAUAAAGAAUAACAAAAAAUCUCGGCAAACUAUAACUCGUAGACCGUUCAAAACACAAUGCGUUAAUAAUGUCGAAAGCAAUUCGAAGCUUCCUGUGAUGGGCUCGAAAGAUAUGAAAUCGUUAUUGAAAACUACAGAUAACUUGAAAAGUCCAUGCUUUGGUUGCAUCAACGAUGCACCGGAGUCGCAAAUAAACGAUUUCCAAUACACAAACAAAAAGCUAACGGCCAACAAAUUAUCUAAAAUGCCAUUAUCUUCCGAAGAAACAGCAAUCGUGAAGCACGGAGCGAAACGAUUGAAAAUUAUUUCUACGAGAGUGAAUAAAAAGCGAUCGGAAGUCGGAGAACCCUCUAACAACGUUCCGGAAAUUACCAAGCCAUCGGCAAAAACAUUCCUUGCAGUUAAUAAGCAGAGUGCAAGAACAGCUUCUAAAGUGAUUAAGAAACGUUACCAUAACGUGGAACAAAACAAAUCGAAGUCUUCCAAGUCUAAAAAAAUGAAUAGGAACGCCAUGGUUGAUAACCUAUUAAAAACCGAAAACUAAUAUAAAAUUAUAGUGCAUAAAUUAGUCUGUGUUAUCGUCAUUGGGGUAACUAGAUACGUGGCAAUCUAAUUCGUGGCUAUGCACCACAUGGUAGUGUAACGUACAGUGACGUAAAGUUGUCCCUUGCAAACAAAAAUUCUAGUUACGCCAAUGGUUAUCGUAGAAGAGUAAUAUAUUUGCCAUGAAGAGUAGCUUUAUAAUCCAUUGAGACAAAUAAUUUAGUUGUGUACCCUUAGUGUAAAAACUACAAGUUGGUUAAGAAACACAAAAGAAUGGAGUUACUAUUUAUUUCCUAAUAAAAUUAUAUCGUAUUCAUGUAAUAUUUUAUAGCGAUUUUGAGGUAUAGAAUAUUUCUGCU